CGGAGCCCCCGCCCCGCCCGGCCCUGGCGGACCCCGCGCCUCCAUGGCGGCGCUGCGGCGGCCAGAGCGCCGCUCGUGACGUCAUCGCCGGGCGCCGGGCGGUUGCCGUGGUAACGGCGGGCCUGGCGGCCAUGGAGGGCGGCGGGCGGCCCUCGGCCGCACAGGCCGUGCUCUUGGCCGCCAGCUCCGCCAUCACCGCCCUGCUCUACUCCAUCUACCGGCAGAAGGCUCGCGUGGCCCGCGGGCUCGAGGGCGCCAGGAAGGUCCGGCUGGACGGGGACCUGCGGGCCGUGCUGCUGGAGGCGCCCGGACGCUGCGUGCCCUAUGCGGUCAUAGAAGGUGUGGUGCGCUCGGUGAAGGACACGCUGAGCAGCCAGUUUGUGGAGAACUGCAAGGGGGUGGUGCAGAGGCUGACCCUGCAGGAGCACAAGAUGGUGUGGAACAGAACCACCCACCUCUGGAACGACUACGAGAAGAUCAUCCACCAGAGAACCAACACCACCCCCUUUGACCUGGUCCCUGCCGAGGACGGCGCCGGCGUCACCGUGCGGGUGAUGAAGCCUCUGGACGCCGCCGAGCUCAGCCUGGAGACGGUGUAUGAGAAAUUCCACCCCUCUGUGCAGUCCUUCACCGACGUCAUCGGCCACUACAUCAGCGGGGAGCGUCCCAAGGGCAUCCAGGAGACAGAGCAGAUGCUGAAGGUGGGCACGGCCCUGACCGGGGUGGGAGAGCUGGUCCUGGACAACGCCACCAUCAAGCUGCAGCCCCCGAAGCAGGGCAUGCCCUACUACCUGAGCUCGCUGGAUUUCGAGUCCUUGCUGCAGAAACAAGAGUCCAGCGUGCGGUUUUGGAAAAUCCUGACGGUGGUUUUCGGCUGUGCCACGUGCGCCGUGCUGUUCUUCCUCCUGCGGAAGCAGUACCGGCAGCACCGGGAGAGGCAGCACCUGCGGCAGAUGCAGGAGGAGUUCCGGCAGGCCCAGGAGCGCCUGACCAGCGCCGAGGGCGGGGAGGCUCUCAAAAACGCCUGCGUGGUCUGCUUGAGCAGCACCAAGUCCUGCGUUUUCCUGGAGUGUGGCCACGUCUGCUCCUGCCACGAGUGCUACCAGGCUCUUCCCAGCCCCAAAAAGUGCCCGAUUUGCAGGCAGGGCAUCAGCAGGGUGGUUCCCUUGUACAACAGUUAAUUUUUUGUGGUUCUUGGGGGGGAGACUUUGGAUUUAAAGCUGCCACUGGCGAAGGGGUUUUGUCGCCUCGCUGCUUGGGUGGUGGGUUUUGGGGAAGGGGAGGGAGCUUGAGGGAGCGGGUGCUUCACUGGGGGGCAGAGCAGAGUCUGAAAAGGUGACUCUGCAGCUGAUCAGGGCUCACGCUGUGCUCCGGAGGUGUUUGUGAGACAGAUUAUUCUUUGCAAAGGGUGAGGUGCUCAGGGGAAGAUGGUGCUUGAAGCUCUUCUGUUAAGGUUCGAACUCGCAGGGUUUGUGUCAUGGUUACAGAGCCUGCAGCCCCUUACCCAUCUGAUAAAAACAUGGGGAAAACAAAAAUUAAAUGUAUUAAGGGUUCUGGGAGGCUGCAGAAUGCCUGUGAGGCGGCCACAGGGCUGCAAGGCCUGAUGGAGCAGGAGGGGCUGUCGGAGAGCUUGUGCCAGGGGGUGUGAACACAGGUCAUUCUGUGAUCCCCCAAAAUGGCUUUGUCACACCAGGGUGUGAGGAUGGGGAUGUGAUGUGGCUGAUGGCUGAUGGCUGUGCUUGGCUUGGCUUGGCUUGGGAUAGCAAUCGAGGUGUGAAGUAAUAAAAUAGGAUGAAAAGUG